CGGUGAGAGACGGCGGUGGUUACCGAAAGGCGAGAUGGUUUGGUGUAUCAUCAACAGUUUGCGUUCGACUUGCCAGCUGUAAGUACUCUCGUGUCGAGUUUUUCGGCGAGUUGGCUAUUUUUUUCGAAAAUAUUUUAAUCGAGUCAUUCCUAGUGUGUUUUUUGUCUUAGUUGUAAUUUUUUUUGUAAAAAUUUAACGCGUUAUUUGGUGAAAAAAAAUUACGUAUGGUUAAUUUUAUUCGCGGGUGAAAACUAAUUUUUUCGUGAGGUAUUUUUAUAUUUUGUGUAUUACGUGAAUACGUAAAAAAGCCAUCCGAUCGUUGUUCGCUGUACUACUUCGCGUUUAGUGAUAUUUUGAAAACACGCGUAUUUAAUUUUACAAAUUGGCUGCAAUUUCUUAGCCUUUUUAUUUACCACCCCCACCGCCCCAUAAUGCACCAUCCGAAUGGCGCGUGGGUUACGUUGCCUUGGGGAUUACCGUUCCAGAAACUGGUUGCGGUUCCGUUCCCGGUACAGCAUCCGUACCACGCUUUGCAAACCGCUCCGGCGACCGGACCUUUGAUAACAUUACAUCCAACUGCCCCAGGAGCGCCUCAAGCUACCGCUACAGCUUUACCAACUGCCAUACAAACAUUUGUACCGGCUGCUUUCUCCUUACAGCCCCCUCAACCGUUGACUAUUCGUCAGACUUUAGAAGCUGAUGUUUCUGUUUCAUCCAUCAGCGGUAGCAGUAGUACUGGUGGUAAUACCGAAAAACGGAAACUCUCCGAAGAUACCGAGCUUAAUAAAGAAUUGAAAAAGGCGAAAUUAGAAACGAAAGCUUUAAAAGCUAAGAGACCCGGGUUCACGGAUGAAAGAUAUAAUGAAACUUCCUAUUACAUCGAGAAUGGGUUAAGAAAAGUGUAUCCGUAUUAUUUCAUGUUUACAACCUUCACCAAAGGUCGAUGGGUCGGAGAGAAGAUACUGGAUGUUUUCGCCAGAGAAUUUCGAGCUCAUCCUGUAGAAAUAUAUGAAAAAUGCAUCAAAUGCGGAUCUCUUACUGUAAAUUAUGAAAAAGUUGAUGUCGAUUAUAGACUGAAACAUAAUGAUCUCCUGGCUAACAUGGUUCAUAGACACGAAGUACCAAUCGCGGCAGACCCGAUUAAUAUAAUUCACAUGGAUGAAGACAUUGUUGUCGUUAAUAAACCAGCAUCCAUUCCCGUUCAUCCUUGUGGACGUUAUCGUCAUAACACUGUUGUAUUUAUAUUGGCCAAAGAAUACAACCUUAAGAAUUUGCGUACUAUUCAUCGUCUGGAUAGAUUGACCAGCGGAUUAUUGUUAUUCGGCCGAACGACCAAGAAAGCUAGACUUAUGGAGCUUCACAUCAGAAACAGACAAGUUCAAAAAGAAUACGUUUGCAGGGUCGAAGGAAGAUUUCCGAGUGAGAAGAUCGUUUGCGAAGAACCAAUCGAAGUUGUUAGCUACAAAAUCGGCGUUUGCAAGGUGUCAAAAAAUGGCAAAAGUUGUUCUACCACGUUCCAGAUAUUGUUUUAUGACGAAUCAAAUAACACCAGCGUUGUUCUAGCUUUACCACAUACUGGAAGAAUGCAUCAAAUACGAGUGCAUCUACAGUACCUAGGUUACCCUGUGAUCAACGAUCCCUUAUAUAAUCAUAUUGUUUUUGGACCUGAAAAAGGAAAAGGUGGAAAUUUUGGUAAAAGCGACGAAGAGCUGAUUACUGAUUUGAUUAAUAUACAUAAUGCUGAAAAAUGGCUUGGAAUUGAUGGAGAUAUUGAUUUGUCGAUGUUCAAGUCUAUGUUGAAAAAUGAUGAUAUAGAUUACGAUGGCGGAUCCCCUUGUCACAAAGAAUGUAGUCGUGAAACAUCACCUUGUGAUUUGGACGAAGAUUCGGUGUCAACAACUCCUCCACCAGCAGUUGAAUCGCCGUCGUUAGCUGCGUUACCUACUUCCACAUCAUCAUCUUCGACCAAUGAUCAACGAGCCGAUUCGUCUGAUCGAAGCUGUAAAGUUACCGUUGCAACACAGACUGGUCAGGAAACGCCUGACUCGACAUUCAAUCCAGAAAAAGUGACCUAUGACGAGAAUUGUUACGAAUGCAAGGUCAAAUACAGGGAUCCAAAGCCGAAAGAUUUGGUUAUGUAUUUGCACGCGUGGAAAUAUAGAGGUCCAGGUUGGGCGUAUGAAACAGCGUUGCCGGAAUGGGCCAAGCAGAAAUGGAAAGAACCUGUUGAAUGAUCACGUUGAAAUAACAAAAAUAAAAUGAUACUCGAAAUGUGAUAGAUUAUAUUUUCUAUUGUAGUUUUUACAUUUUACUAUCGAGUGUACAAAUGAGGAAAAUGAUGUUGAAUGUUAUUUAUGUAGUUUGCGACAGCCGCAGGCAUAAGUUUUAUGUAGUUAGUUUGUUCAUUUUCAAUUCAGGAUACCCGUUUGUUUCGAAAAUGGUGCCAAUUACUAGACAAAUAAUCUGGUUAGCUUAUCACUAAGUAUUGCUGUUCAGUUCACGUUUAGAAGAAGUACCUUUUAUUUUUAGAUUUUUGUGUGAUGUUUGAGUGAAAUGAAAGUUGUAAUUUCAUAAAUGUUUGUAGCAUGUACUACUCGAUGUCAAUAUUUAUUUUUCUUUUAUUACAUGUCUCGAGGUUUCUAGGAGACAUCUUUGUUGUGAGCUUUCCCUUUUUGAAAUUUCAAGUUUUUAAUGUUUAUUAUUUAUAUUAUUGUAUUUGGUAAAUGUGUUUCAUGGAUAUUUUCCAUUUCACCGCAUUACAAUGUCGUUAAUAAAUUUGUUGUAUAAGAUAGAUUUAUAAUAAAUGUUUUCAUAUCA